AUGGGCCAUGGCCACCAUACUUGUUGCAACAAACAAAAAGUGAAGAGAGGGCUAUGGUCACCUGAGGAAGAUGAGAAACUCGUAAGGCACAUUUCUGCCUAUGGCCAUGGCUGUUGGAGUGUAGUUCCUAGACUUGCAGGGUUGCAGAGAUGCGGCAAGAGUUGCAGGUUGAGAUGGAUAAAUUACUUGAGGCCCGAUCUGAAAAGAGGGAGAUUUUCUCCACAAGAAGCUGCUUUCAUAAUUGAUCUACACAAUAUUCUAGGGAAUAAGUGGGCUCAAAUAGCCAAGCAUCUUCCGGGAAGAACGGACAAUGAAGUAAAAAACUUUUGGAAUUCAAACAUCAAGAAAAAACUCACGGCAAUGAAUCUUUCUAAUAUGGCUCCAGUUUCUGAUCUGGCCACAAUUUCAAAUAUGACAAAUUCCAGGAUCAAUUUUCACGGUUUGUGCUCAGUGAAUUCAAACUCUAAUCUGAUCCCAACUGCCCAAAUGGAUCAGGUCUACAUCCCAGCAGCAGCCCCAAAUAAUCCACUGCCGCAAGGGGUUGAUCAGGUGAAUUUUAGUACCAACUUACACCCUUCUUUUCCCAUGUCAUCACUGGAUUCAUCUGCAUAUGAUCUGCCGCUGCCGGUAUGGACGUCAUCAGAAUACCUGCAACCUCAACUGAUUGAUCAUCAUCAGCAACAAUUUAUUAAACAGGAAGAUGCUUCCAUGUACAUCACUGGCGGCGCUGCAGCUCCAGAAUUUUUCAACCCACCGCCAUUAAUGGGAACUUAUGACGAUACAUCAGCAAAUGAUGGGCUGCCAAAACUCAGUGAAAUAGCCAAUGGGAAUCAGUAUGGAAUGAGUUCUUCAUCUGCUUCACAAGAUUUUGAACCAAUUUCUGCUGCAAGUUUUUCAGGAUUCCCUUCUGACCUUUAUGCAACUGAGAUGCAGGUGCCAUUAGUUAUAUAUUGUCAGUAUGGUGGGAUGAUUUGA